AUGAAGGAGAAUUGCGAAGCUGGAGCAGAUAAGUACAUCAUGUAUCCUAGAUUCAUCAUGAUGUUACUAAAUGACAAAAUCAAAGAUCUUCCGAAGGAUUGUGAGGAUGUGAUGGAGAUGAGUGUUGUAAAUAAGACAACAAUAGGAAGAAUUACAAAGGAUAAGGAUGAGAAAACCAAGCAGAUGAUUUGCAGAAUAAAAGAUAAAGCAUAUGUUGCUCCUGAAAACGAUAAAUGGAGGCAUGACGACAGCAACUCAGACAAUGAAGAUUCAAAGAUGAGUGAGAUGGUUGAGAAAAAGACUAGGUGGUGGCAUGUUAGAGAUGGAAAAAGGAAAAGGACACCUAAGUCAUCCCCUGCGGUUGUUAUUCCUAAAGAAGGAGAAAAGGGGUCUUCUGGAGAGCCACAGCAGAAGUUAAUUGAUGAGACAGUUCUAGAGCCAUCUGUGGUGAUUGAACAAGGUGCUGAUUUAUUAAAGCAAUCUUUGGAAAGUUAUUUGAAAAAGAAUGAAGAGAUUGCAGCACAACAAGCUCAAGGAACAAGUGUUCAUGCUGAAAAGGUUACAAGGGUUCAACCAGAAACAGAAGCUUUAAGGAGUUCAAGUGAUGGAGAUUCUGAAGCUACUCAAUCUGAAUCAGAAUUAAUUCUUGAAACUGUUGGUAAAGGAAAAGUUCAGUUGAAAAAAAGACCGUCAAAGAAACAAAAGGGUUCAGAUGAUGAAGAUUCUCCUUAUGAUCCUGAAAAGUCAAAGAAACAAAGAAAGAAACAAAAGGCAGCUCCAGUUGGUGUAAUUCCCAGAAAUGUCAGAUCAAAGAAAUCAGGAGCUGAGUCACAAAAAGAUAAAGAAGGAAAGGCAGCUCAACAUGUUCAAAAAGAAAAAUCACCAAGUGUUGAUGUUCCAAAAGAACCAGAGGUGACAACAAAAGAAGUUCCAGUUGUGAGAACAGAAAAGAAGACAGAUGAUGAUGAUUAUGUAGAGAUCACUGGAUUCAGAGCUGCUAGUCCAAAACCUGUUCAACAAGAUAUUCCUCAGUCAUCACAUCAGAAGUAG